AUGGCGACCAGCUACUCGGUGAUCCUUGCCUUGGGGAUUGCAGUGAUUACCCUUGCAGUGACUGUGCAGUGCUGUCCUAUGCAGUGUACUUGCUCAGAUAAAAAUCUCCAUCACCUUGUGGAAUGUGCUUACAGAGAUCUUCAGCUGGUACCUGAGGGCUUGCCAUCCAAUGCGACCACUCUUAGCUUUACAGCAAAUAAAAUCAAAGUGUUGAAAUCCCAAAAUUUUGUGGCUGUGCCCCAGGUUAUAUCUCUUUGGCUGGCCCACAAUGAAAUUGUCACCAUUGAGAGAAACACGCUGGCACCAAUGGCUCAGUUAAAGAAUCUGGACGUAAGCCAUAAUAAAAUAGUAAAUUUCCCAUGGGAGGACCUUGCUAACCUCACUGCUCUACAGCUGCUGAAAAUGAACAACAAUGAGAUGGUCAGUCUGCCUAAGGACGCUUUCAUCAAUUCGAAAUAUCUGCGCACAGUUUGCAUCAACAAUAACAAGUUUGCUACUAUUGCAGAAGGAACUUUUGAUGCUCUUAUCUCCAUGUCACACCUACAGAUUUACAACAAUCCUUUCACCUGUUCGUGCAAACUGGAGUGGAUGAGGGACUGGCUCACUAAGUCUAAAAUUUCCAUUCCUGACAAGAAGAACAUCAUAUGUGAGGUGCCUGCCCAUUUAAAAGGUUUAGAGGUCACUCAGAUGCCAAAACUGGUAUGUCAAGCUCCAGCUGUUACCAUAAUCUAUCAGGCCCACAUUGAAAACGGAGAACUUCAUGAGGGGGAUAAAGUCAUCUUAAACUGUGAAACCAAAGGGAGCCCCAAACCUGAUGUUGAGUGGGAAGUAUUUGCAGGAAACCAAUUAUUUAAAUUCCCAUUGCCCUCAGUUGUUGAAAAUAGGGAGGUCCCUAUUAAUGAUGCACCCUCUAAUACAAAAUUCCUCAUCUUUCAAAAUGGAACUCUAAUCAUUCCUAAUAUGAGCAAAAAAGAAGAUGGAAACUAUAGCUGUUCUGCUACUAAUGACAUGGGCAAAGCUGAAGACACAGUGAAACUUGCAGUGGCUACUAAAGAUACCACAAACUCUGUGCUGGAUGAAAAGAAAGGUCCAACUAGCAAUAAGCCUGGCCCAGACAAUCCCAAAACCAAUGCAAUCCCCAACUAUGGGAAGUCCCAAAUUCCUCCAACUGGAACAACAUCCAUUAACAUUAAAACUGAACUGAAUACUUUACAAGUUACUGGUAAGUGUGGAAUAAGUGAUGGUACACAGUAUAUAUCCAAUCAUGCAUUUAACAUGAGCUUGGAUGACCUUAAACAGUAUACCUUUGACUUUGGGGUGAUUGCUUUGGAGGUGUCAGAGACUGAGGCUAAAGUCCAGCUUAAUCCUCUACAGAUGGCAAAUACCAAAUCAAAUCUUCACCUCAACCAACUCCAAGACCUGGAAACUGUGAAUAAGGAACCAUUCACUCUUUACCAGCCAUCGUCCAAAAAAUCUCCAAUAAACAUGCUGUAUGUUUGUGUGAGUACUGGCAAUGGACAUUCACUUGUUCAGUGGUCCAAGAUCGAGGACGGUAUCAAUACAUAUCGUUUCCAAGGUUUACGCCCAGGCACUAAUUACACUCUGUGUCUCACCUACGGAGACCAGGACUGCCAAGUCCAAGUUGUCUUUACGACAAGGAAGAAAAUCCCAUCAUUGCUUAUCAUAGUGGUGGUCAGCAUUUUCUUGCUGGCUCUGGCCACAGUACCCUUGCUAGGAGCCACCUGCUGUCACUUGUUGUACAAGUAUCAAGGGAAGACCUACAAGCUGAUUAUGAAGACACAGAAUGCGGAUCAGAUGGAAAAGCACAUAGCGACAGAUUUUGAUCCGAGAGCCUCUUUUGUGGGAUCAGACAAAAACUUCAAUGCAAGUGAGCUUGGUGAGGGAGAUGCUGAAGUUGAUAUGGAGGAAGGAGAAGAAGGAGAAGGAGAAGGUGGGGAAGUCGAGGGCAGUGUGGUGACCGAGUCCAUUCCUGAGUCGCAGUCCAAAACACAGGAGGAAUUUGAAGUGGGCUCUGAGUAUAGUGACAGGUUACCUUUAGGGGCUGAGGCAGUGAAUAUAUCUGAGGAAAUAAAUGGCAAUUAUAAAGAGCCGCGCUAA